AUGGCCGCUCCUGCGCCCUCCGCCCCUGGUCCUCACGAGGACCAAGGGGUUAUGAGCCCAACUGGUGCUCGGCGUGCCAUUGAUUCGAGAUUGGAAGGUGAGACUGCUGGUCCGCGCUACGAUCGUCAUCCUGCUGGAAAUGCGAUGCCCAAUGGGGUACUUUCGGCUGAUGUUGUAAGGCGUGAGGAUAUGGUGCAGGCCUCACCUGGUGCAGCGAGUUUGGAAAGCGCUCCAUGGCCACCAGCUAUGACUUCAAGGACAGAAGAUGUGGGACCGCCUGGUACAUUUUCCUGUGAUUCCGGGCUUCGCCAAGAAACGUCUUCCGUGUCUGCUGGGAAUGUGGGGCCAACGAUUCCGCACUUGGUCGCGCGGGCGAGUACGGAUAAUCACCCGGGAGGCUCCCAGGGUGGGACUGCCUUGCCAGUCCCGUCCUGGAUGAGUCGUCUCGGGGAUUAUCUUCGCCAAGCUUCCGGACAGGUUGAGACGCUGACAACGACGCUCACGAGGAGUGUGGGAACAGACGAUGCUUCAUCGGCGUCCAUUCCGGUGGAGUUGGUGCAGGAGGAGGUGAGAAGACAAGUGGAAGCGGCCUUGGCAGGACAGAAGGGAAGGCUUGAGCGCCUUCAAGAAGAAAAUGAGCGAUUGCGGGAGAUGGCUUUUGGGGGUGGUGGCGAUGUGAAAGGACAAGGCCGGGGUGGGGCUCUAUGGAAUGAGGCGCAGCGGCAGAUGAGGGAGCAGUCUGAGAUCGUGGUGUACCUCAUGGAGAUCGGGCCUACCCAGCAUCUCAUGCACUUCGUGAGGAUCGUGGUGUACCUCAUGGAGAUCGGGCCUCUUUCGCUCAUGCACCUCGUGAGGAUCGUGGUGUACCUCAUGGAGAUCGGGCCUACCCAGCAUCUCAUGCACUUCCUGAGGAUCGUGGUGUACCUCAUGGUCGUCAACCAGUUCCGUCGAUGUCUCGGGCCCAUGAUGGUCCUCGUGCACAGAGGGGCGAAGCUGGUGCCAGGUCAAGAAGUGCAGAAGGACAUGGCGAGCUUGGGAACAGGCCAAGGAAUGUGUAUGCUCGUGGUUAUGGUGCCAAGCGAUCUGCCUCAGCGAGUCCGUCGCCAAGUGGUGGUAGAGGAGUUGUGGGUGAGAGGAAGCGAGCAACAACCAGGCGAUGUGGCGCCUGCAGCUCCGUCAAGCCCUUCUCCGAUGGACAUUGUGCUUACAGGUAUCGGGCAGCUGCAACAGAUGUUGCUGAAGAAGGGAGACGGGUUGGAUGUGGAUAAGGCGUCGCCGAAUUUUCCGAUGUUGCCUGACUACACUCCGGAAUCUGGUGCCAUAGACUUCCAGGACUGGCUGUAUCUUGUGGAGCAACAAGUGUCUGCUAUGGCGGCAAGCGCUGGCGAGUGGUGGAAACAAGUCAUGGGUUCGGCCUUGGAAGCAUACCAGGAGUAUCAGGCGCUUUCGCCGAUCAAGCAGAUUGGGGUGAAAGCAAGGCUAUCAGAGGAGCUUCAGGACGGCAAGUACCAGAAGCUUGCGAAAAAGGUGGCAGCCUUACUUCUAGCAGCGCUUCCGACAGGUGUCCGAGAUGAGCUAGUGGCCUAUCGUGUGCAGGGGACUCAUCAGAUACUGUUCAGGCUGAUGGCUGUGUACCAGCCUGGGGGCGCUCAGGACCGGGCACAACUUCUGAAACAGUUGGAGGUGAGUGAAUCUCCAGGAACAGCGACGGAUGCAGUGGUUGCAUUACGGAGAUGGUAUCGCCUGUACCAGCGAGCUUUGGAUCUUGGUGUUUCCUUGCCAGAUGAGUCCGUCCAGGUGAAGUCUUUGGGGGUCUUAACGAAGAAGGUGGCGGAGACAAAUCAAGACUUUCGCUUUAAGGUGUCCUUGGCGAAGGCGGAGCUUCAGAUUGACACCAGACCCACCUCGGAGAAUGUGUUGAAGUACUUCCAACAUCUCCUUGCAGAAUGUGAGCAGCUUGGGGCUACUGGGAGAAAGGCUACACCGUCACAGGCAUCGGAGGCUCCCGGACCCAAACUGAAGGGCAUGCAGCAACAGCCCUCAGAUGCCGGAAAUACCACUCAGAGGCCAAAGGCCAAGGCAUUCGUGGGAGGGUCUUCAGCGAGCCGAACGGUGCCUCCUUUGUGGUUCGACGAAGCACAGGGCAAGGGAUUGUCCUACGAAGAAGGUCCGUCGGUGCCGGCUGGAGAUGCUACUCGUGAGCAGCCUUCAAGCCUUACUCCUUCAACCUCAAACAAGAUCGACACGGAGCAGGUGGCGGCGAUGUUGUCCGAAACAAACAAGAUGCUGAAGGAUUUGCGGCGACUGCGAAUGCUGGUGGUGCUUCCGGAGAGGGUUGGCAAUGAAGACUUCCGUGUGAAAAUGGAUGUGUAUGAACGGUUGCUGCAGACUGAGCCAGAGGCGGUUGAGAAGGAUUCCGAGGAGAAGAUGGCCCUGUUGGAUUCGGGAGCGAGCCAUGCCUUUCGGGUUGCUGUUGACGAUCGUGAGGUGGAACAAGGAAAGUUGGUGAAGGUUGCCUUGGCCAAUGAUGAUCACGUUGUCCUUUCGCAGAACGCUGGUGGAACCCUGUUGUCUUCGCCUUCUACGAACCCUUCGGGUGGUGGAACGAUACUACCUAUGGGACAGUUGGUGCAGUUGCUUGGAUGCACGGUACGAUGGUCUCCGACAAGGCUUGAAGUUCGACACCCGAUCCAUGGCAAGUUGCGAGUGAAAGUCAACCAUUUCUGCCCAGAGCUGACCGAGGUGAGCGCGCUACAGCUCAUCAAGGAAUUGGAGGAAAAACGGGUUGGCGAGUUCACGAAGACCUUGGAGGAUAUGGAGAGGCAGCUCAAGGAGAUUGAGCUCUCGGGCUGUGGAGAUCGCGGUUGGGAACAGCACCUCAUGGAUCUGGUGGAAACUGGGGCUCGAACGAGUUUCUGUGGCUUCAUCCAGAAGGUGCCCUAUUUGCAGGGGGUGACCCCGGAGGCUUUCGCGACCAUCCCUGAGGAGUUCCCGGUGACGAACAAAGAGGGCUGGAGGCUCUUGAAGGGCAUGCCGUGGAGUAGAAGGAAACGAAGGAGUAUGUUCCUUAGCAACAACUGGCUGGUGCAUCUCUUCUCGGGAGACAAAAGGAAGAAGGGGCUGGCUUCUUCAAGCGAAUGGAAGGCCAGUCUGCAUCGUGAUGAUGUUCUGGUGGAGGUGGACCUGAACCUUAGCAGUCACUUCGACAUGUUAAAGAAGGAUGGCAUCUUCAAGCUGCUUUUGUGGGGAGCUGCUCGGGGCAAAAUUAAGGCUCUAUUUGGGGGACCGCCUCGAAGAACCUUUCCCUUUACAGGAAAUGAGACGAUGCUGUCCUCGCAACAUGUUCGGGAAGUUCAGCUGGUUGCCAGGGCGAUGAUCCUUUGGUCAGUAGCUUCUGAGGGUAGGAGGAUCCUUUGGAGAGAGGGAUCUUUAGAAACCCCGGGUCCUGGAGUUGGUUGGUUGCUGGAACAUCCGAGAGUUGAAUCGGGGAAGGUUCCUGGACUAGAGCAAGGCGACAACAAAGAGAGUGACCUUGAGGAGCAAGAGAGGCUGGCUAAGGAAUGGUUCGACCUGGGCAAGUUUUCGCAUCGUGAGUGCCGCAUGUUGUUGGAAGAGAUGAACUUCAAGAAGAACUUGCGAGCCUCAUCCCGAGGCGAACAAGAAGGAUCUGUGGUGCUUGGCGCAUAUGCUCAUGGCGGCAAUCGGGGGGUUACUACAGAGGCACUCCAGAGACCGUGGUUGACGAAGUACCUGAACAUGUUUAUGCGGUGGAAUGUGGAAACGCAGCUGCAUGAGGAUUGCUCUUGGUCGGCUUUGUUGGUCAUGGAGACGAAUGAAGUGCCUCGACAUCGAGAUGUCCGGAACGCUCGUGAUAGUAACAACUACUUGAUUGGGUUGGGCGAUGAUGAUCCUGGCCGCGAGGUUUCCUCCGGUCUGUGGCUUGAAGGGGACCUGGAUGGACAGAAUGGGUUGGGCGAUGAUGAUCCUGGCCGCGAGGUUUCCUCCGGUCUGUGGCUUGAAGGGGACCUGGAUGGACAGAAAUUUGGUGGUGGAGGGAGAUGUGUCGAAAGGUCCUGUCCAUUCUCUGGCUUUGAACAAUUAAAGGGCUGUUUGGUUGAGAUCUCUGGAAGGAUGACGAGGUUCAAUCCAAAACAACACCAUGCGUAUGUGGGGAAGGAUCAAACUCAGAAGGAGCUUCUCGUGGCGGCCUACACACCUCUCGGCCUCGACAAGUUGCCGGAUGAAAAGGUCGGGAAACUUCGAUGCUUGGGUUUUCCGAUACGCUCAACCUUGGAAUGGGAUGAGGGCCCAGCGCUACAUGGAAGGGACCAGGUUCGUGAGGCUCAGGAGGAGCUGGAAAGUGAGGAUGAGGAGGAGGCCAAUGGACGGGUGCCAUGCUACGACCUGUUUGGAACGACCAUGUGGAAAACCUUCGCGAGGAUGUACACCAUGGAUGAGGUCAAGUGUGAUUUGGAAAACUUGGGACCUACGACUUUGGGUACGAACCUCAAUCUCUGGUCUUUGGAGGGUGAGGAUGGUCAUGGUCUGAAGGCCGGUACAAGAACAAGUCGAUGGCCAACGGGGAUGAUAAGUUCUGUCUGUGAUGCUCUAUGUGCUUGGCCCGGUUUUGCUACGCGAGAACAUGCUUUGACCAGUAUGGUUCGAAGGCUGGGAAGGCGAGAUGGUGAAGAAGGUGAAGGGAAGCUCGCUAAAUUCAGCUUGGAGGAAUGGCGCAUUCACCUGAGACGGGACCAUUUGCCAUACAGGAAGGAUUGCCGGGAGUGCAUCCAAAGGGCGACGGGCAAGCCACAUAGGAGAGUCGCUCAUCCUUCAGCGUAUGUCCUGAGCAUUGACACUGCUGGUCCGUUUAGGGCGACGGGCACUGAUGGAGCGCGCUACCUGCUAGUCGGGUGUUUCCGCUUUCCUAAGAUCCCAGAAACAGGGGACCCUGAGCAGUCUGGUGUGCAGCCUGGGGACGUGGACAAACCGGAUGACGAGGGUGAUUGGUUGCCUGGGAUGGAGGGCGAGGAUGUCGUAUCAGAGGUUCCUGCUACUGAAGGUGCGCCUGUAGGGGUCUCGGAGGAGCUUGGCCCUGAUCCUGCUGCUAUUCGUGAGGAAGAUGAUCCGAAACAGGAGGAGAUCAAGGCCCUGGAGCGUAUGUCUGAGCCCUUCGAGUUCGAGUCUGCCUAUCUUUGUCGACCCUUGAAGACCAGGAAGAAGGCGGAAACACUCAAGGCCUUGCAGGAGAUGUACCUGUCUCUAAGACAACGGGGCCUGCCAGUCUUACGAGUACAUUGCGACCGAGCAAGGGAGUUCAUGAACGAGGGUAUGGACAUGUGGGCAGCGGCGAGGGACAUCAUAGUCACGAAGACUCAAGGCGAUGAUCCGUCACAAAAUGGGGCGGCGGAGCGGGCUGUUGGUUUCAUCAAGGGCCGGGUGCGAACUUUGCUUGGACAGGCCAAAGCCUACAGCAAGCUUGGAGAUGCCGUAGUGAGAUCGUGGUGGUCAAGGGCGGCAUCAACGAUUUGCCAACAACACGCUGCUCAGGCCUUUGGAAGGGGCAAUCCUAGCGUCGCUCCUUUCGGAUCACAGGUGUUCAUCAAGAGGAAGAGGUAUGGCCAAGGGGGCACUGACUUCGAGGACAAGUGGAUCCAGGGGUCUUAUUUGGGGCCUGUUGAGACAGUCUCCCAUGGUCAUGUUGUUCGCACCGUGCAGGGCAAUGUUUGGUACACAACAAAUGUCCGUCGCCUACCCGAACUACCUCCGUACGAAGAUGAAGGUGAUGACUGGCAUCCUGAACGACGCGUGGUUGGAAAAACACCGCCUGUGGUGCGAGUCUUUAGGGCCGACGAGGGUGGCGAGGAUGGCAACGUCUUUUGCAUGAGCAGAUUGGUGGAACCAGUGUCGACAACUACUGACGCUGUUCCGGAUAAUGAAACCACUGAAGGUUGGAUGGAGUCCGCUGGAGGUGAAGACGCUGGUGACGAUAUGGAUGAGUCCCAGUGGUUGGUGGAGGACCAAGAGGGUGAGAUGGAUGGCCGCUAUUGGUCUCGCUGUGUGCUAGAUGAGGAACACAACUUACGACGAUGUGUGCCGGAGGACUAUCAAGAACUGUUUGAGGGUGUGAACCAGGCGACGUUGGAAGCUGAAAGGGCUUUGGAGCAAAGGGAGUCGCAGAAGGUUUACAAGACCUACUCGGUUGGGGAUUGGUUCCGGCUAUGUCGCUUUGUGGAGGAUGAUGACGGGAAACAUGGUGUCGAGCCUGUCUUGGAGAACCUUGAAGGUCCUCUUCAGGUCGUAUACACUGUACAGCUUGACGAGGUGAAGCAAUUCCUUCCGCGGUGGAAGGAGGCCAUUGGAAAGGAGAUGAAGGCUCUGCUGGAUGCGGGAGCCUUGGUUCCCCUCACGGAGGAGGAGCAUCGUCGUCUUGAGAGGGCGGGAGUGUUAUCUAUACUUCCGGCUAAAGGAGUCUUCACGGCAAAACCUCCAGACAAUCCUGAGCUGCUUGAUGAUCCUGGAAGAGAGUUGGUGAAGGGGUCGCCUUCAUUCUUCAAAAGAAAGGCUCGUCUUGUCAUAUGUGGCAACUUCGAGGGAAGGAGUCAGAAGGAAGACAGCUAUGCAGGGGGAUGUCAAGGGGAGUCCUUGAGGGCGAUGAUUGUUCAUGCCGCACACAAACGAGGUGGAUCACGUCCUUGGAAGGCAGCAGGAACAGACAUCAGGAAUGCCUUCAUCUUGGCCCCGAUGGACGAUGGCGAGGUGGUGCAUUGCCUUUACCCUCCCAAGGUGUUCCAGGCGGCGGAAAUACCGUUUGCGAAGUGCUUAUUUCGGGUGGACCGAGCUCUUUAUGGCUUUAGGCGCUCUCCGAAGCUGUGGAGUACCUUCCGGGACAACAGACUGAGGCGAGCUCGAUUCAAGGUGGGAGAGCUGGAUGCCUUCCUCAGACAGCACAGGGCGGAUGAGAAUGUUUGGAGUGUGGUGGUCAUGACGCCUGGCCCAGAUGGAACGAUGCAGGAAGAAGUUCGGGCAUUCGUCAACGUUUAUGUUGACGACAUCUUGUAUCUGGGUGAGGAGGAGGUCGUUGCGGCUACUCAUGGGUGGAUCACACAAGAAUGGAAGGCCUCGGAUUUGACAUGGGCAUCCAUGGAACAGCCAGUUCGUUUCCUGGGGCUAGAGAUCUACGAGACGCUCAACGGCUUCAAGAUCGGGCAGACUGGCUACAUAUCUGAGGUACUUCGACACUAUGAUGUUCAGGGGCAUGGUCACGGGACGCCAUGUCCUCAGUCAUGGCUGCUGGGGGAGGUGAACUUUGAUGAGAAGCAGUACGACGAGCAGACCUUGAGGCGUGCUCAGAAAAUCACUGGCGAACUUCUCUGGCUUUCAACAAAGGGCCGGCCAGACUUGAUACACACAGUUGCCACCAUGAGCAGUCUGUGCGUGAGGGACCCUGAGACUGUGGAGCGCAUCGGCAUGAGAACCUUGGGCUACUUGAAGGCGACGGCCGAUUGGUUCUUGUUCUACGAGCCGACAACCCACAACCAUGAUGUGGAGGGUUACAGUGAUGCCAGCUUCGCCCCCCAAGGGGGGCGGAGCAUCGGUUGCUCGCUGGCUUGCUAUCUGGGGUGCCCCAUAUCUUGGCGAUGUGGGAGACAACCACUGGUUUCUCUGUCUGUUGCCGAGGCAGAGCUCAUAGAGGCUGUCAAUGCCAUCCAGAUGGUCUAUGGACUCUCAUCUUUUACCUCCGAAAUCAGGCAGCUGGAACUUGGAAAACUCGUCACCUACGAGUUCGUGCCUUUCAUCUUCGUGAGGUACAAAGGCCUUCUCGAAGCCAAGACUCCUGGAGCUUUGCCGUAUGUGGGGAUUGGGAACAACUUCGCCAAGAGAGAUGUUGGAGGGAUACAAAUCAGUGUUGCUUGGGAGUUUUAUGCGCUGGUUUUUGUCAGCUUGGUGGCUGCGAUUGGUGCAUGGGAGGCGAUCAAGUGGCUGUUCGAGUGCUACGCUCUGAAGAGUCUCGGAGGCACAGCCCUGCAUCCGCUCCAGAAGGGCGCGGUCCGGACACGAGAUGCCAACACUCAGACCCCUCGUGAAGCUUAUGUGAAGUUUCGGGGCCCCUUCUUUGCAUCUCAGCGGGGAGAUCACGUCCACCUUUACGGAGAUUGUCAAGGCCUGAAGAGCGCCUACACGAACAUCGAUGCAAAGGGCAUGUGUGCCUACUGCGACGGUCGAAAAUCUCUGUAUGAGCUGGUGGGCUGA